UCGCAGUUGUGUCUCCGGUGCUGCUGCUGGAUAGCUACAGACUACUUGCGUUUACUUUCUUUCUUUCAUAUUCUCCCGUCCUUAACCGCGUCCUCCCUCAUUAUGGCUUCCUGGCUGCAGAUCCCCAAGAACUCGCCUUUCUCGCUGGCAAACAUUCCAUUCGGUAUCAUCACCUCGGCGAAAGCUCCAUCGCGCGUAGCAGCUAUUGCUAUCGGUGACUAUGCGCUGAACCUGAACGCUUUUGCUUCAUCCGGGGGCUUCUCCCAGCUGCCCGCGAUCCAGCCCCAUUUGAACGUGUUCAAUCAGCCCACCCUCAAUGCCUUUGCAGCUCUGGGCCGACCAGUUCACCGUCAAGUCCGCGAGUACAUCCAGUCCGUUUUUCGCGCCGAUACUCCUUACCCUCAGGUCUUGAAAGACAAUGAGUCCCUCCAAAAGUUGGCUCUCCUGCCGCUAUCGGAGGUGACCAACCAUCUUCCCAUGCAAAUCGGAGACUACACAGAUUUCUAUGCCGGCCUCAACCACGCCUACAACCUGAGUGUCUUGCUUCGUGGACCAGACAAUGCUCUGCAACCUAACUACAAGCACCUGCCAGUCGCAUACCACGGUCGCGCCUCGUCCAUCGUGGUCUCAGGCACCCCCAUUCACCGUCCCAACGGUCAGAUCCUGGCCAACCCUACCGCAACUCCCAAAGUCCCUAUCUUCUCUCCUUGCAAGAGACUCGACAUUGAACUAGAAAUGGCUGCUUUUGUCAGCACCCCCAAUGACAUGGGCAAGCCCGUCUCUGUCAACAAUGCCGAAGACCACAUUUUCGGCUUGGUGCUCAUGAACGACUGGUCCGCUCGUGACAUCCAGGCCUGGGAAUACGUUCCCCUGGGACCUUUCAACGCCAAGAACUUUGCAACUACCAUCACCCCCUGGGUUGUCCUGAUCGAUGCUCUAGAACCCUUCCGAGUCCCCAGCCUGGAGCCCGAAAAUCGGGAAAAUGUCCUGCCUUACCUGCGCGAGAAGCGCACCGACAACGUCUUCGACAUACCCCUCGAAUUCGAAAUCACCAACCAAGGCGGCCAGCCUACAAUCGUCUCGCGAAGCAACGCCAAGAACCUCUUGUUUUCCUUCCCUCAGAUGCUGGCCCACCACACCAUCACGGGAUGCAACCUCCGGCCCGGUGACUUGCUCGGUAGUGGAACCAUCUCUGGUACAGAGCCCCAGACACAAGGCAGCUUGUUCGAGCAGACAAAGGGCAAGGAGCCUCUCAAACUGGCCGAUGGCUCGGAACGGAUAUUCCUCGAAGAUGGAGACACCGUCGUCCUUAGGGGCAAGGCGGGCACAGAAGGCAACUACGUCGGAUUCGGCGAUUGCAGUGCCACUAUUCUCCCCGCGGUGAAGUUGGAAUUCUAGACUGAUUGCAGUUU